AUUUCUCGCUCUAAUUUGAUCAAAUUAGUGGGAUAGCGAUUUAGGUAUUGGGUAUUGUUAACGUAGCGAUUACAUACUCUUUGUUAGUAUUGAACAUUGAAUUAGUCAAGAAUUAGUAAAAAUACAUACCUACUUACUUGAAAAUUAUUAUUUUAUCAUAUUUUAUUUUUUACGAGUACGACGCAUUACACAACGCAAUUGAACUGUACAUAAUAAAUAGGUAUAAAACAACGCUAACCGCAAUGAACAAAGUUCACAGACAGUUACGGAUUUCUGCAAAGUAUUUAAAUUUGCAAAAGCGACUGAUUAAAUAUGUACAGGGUCAAGAGCCUGAACCAAAAAUUAGAGAAUAUUUUUAUUUUAUUGAUCAUCAAGGAAUGUUAUUUUUAGAUGAUUCAAAAAUGAAGAACUUUACUUCAUGUUUUAAAGAAAAAAAGUUUUUGGAAUUCUUUUUCAAAAGAAUUCGAUUAAAUAAAACAGGGAGAUAUCAGGAAGAAUUUCCUUUUAUAUCUUUAUGUGGAAGAGAAAGAAAUUAUAUUAGAUGUGAUGAUGUUCCUAUUGUGUAUACGCACAUUGUACCUAAAGGAAACCCUGAAGUGGAUUUUUUAACCUUUGGAUAUGCAGGUGAAUUACUCCUCGCCCAGUUUCAACCUGAGAAAGUUUACAUGCUACCAGAAACCGGUAGAGUUUACCAUCCCGCUGAGGAUAAAUAUGGUGGUGUAGGACUGGUCAGAUCUAAACUUGCUAUUGAAAUAAGUAAAAAUUUUACCUUUGAAAAUGGGGAAUCACAUCCACCAACUCACUUUCAUUGGAAGACAAAAAAUUAUCAGUUAGAUCAGCUAUGGUUUCCAGAGAUGAUUCGCACACACAAUAUUAAAAUUAAAUCAGACCCUGAUUUAUGAUAGGUACUACAUUUUUAAAUGUAAACUUUAUUAAAUUAGAUCUAAAAUAAAACUGGAAAUGGUUGAUGAUGAAAGAAUUCCAAAUAUCAUUA